AUGCCCAGGAGCAAAGUUCCCAAGCACGCCAGGCCAACGGCACCGGCCGCGCUGCCCAACUGGCCGCAGUUCCGACCUCCGCUGCCAGUGGCUGAACUGGCGCCCCAGCUGCAUCCAGCAACGCCCAAGAUCGCGUCGAUCCCGUCCUUCUUCCCAAAGUCGCUGUGCAGGGACUACGUGGCCUUCCUGAAGACGCUGCCCUUGCAGACCACCCCGGGGAAACCCAAGCGCGGCGAGGCGGUUCGAGUCAACGACCGUUUCCAGGUUGACGACCCGGGCUUCGCCCUCCGUCUCUGGGAGACGACGGGGUUGAAGGAGGCGUUGCUGGGCAAUCACCGUCUCAAGAAUCUGUGGGAGGGCGAGCCUGUCGGGCUGAAUCCCAAUAUUCGAAUCUACCGAUACUCAAAGGGCCAGUACUUUGACUGUCACUAUGAUGAAUCCAACAACCUGACCCUCCACCACCACGGGGCUGCCAUCCCGGCACCGGCACGCACAACGUGGACGCUGCUUCUGUAUCUCACCUCGUCGUCUGAAGGAUGCGUUGGCGGCGAAACGGUCUUCUACCCCCGCGACCGCCAAAUCGAUGCCGAGGCGAUUGCAGUAUCGUUGGAGACAGGCACCCUUUUGCUGCAUAAGCACGGCGAUGACUGUUUGCUGCACGAGGGACGAGAGGUCAAGGCUGGCGAGAAGUGGGUGUUGCGAACGGACCUGUGCGUCAAGAGAUAG